GAAACAUGCUAGAGUCGAUUUGCAGCAAUGAGUCAGGUAUUUGGCACGGUGUAUGAUUAUCUAAUGAAGAGAAGAUCAGUAUAUGGAAAUAGCAUUGAAAACCGCACUGAAACCACGCAAUUGACUACACAGUUAAUUUUUGGUGAUAUUUGGUGGUCUGGUUCCAAAUAUGCAUCGCAAAUUGUGAUCCAAGGGAAAUAACUCUUAAAUAAAUAUAUUUGGCGGGAGUUUAAACGCGCUGAAUGUGAUUCUACAAAGAGGGCGCAUAGUAAACAAUCAAGGGACCAACUCCAUACUGAGUAUUAUUCAAACCGAAAUUGGUUGGGGAUUAAGACGCCGUCAUGGCAGAAUUCCGACUCUUUUAUUUAGGUGAUAUAUCAGAGAAACCGGUGGAAUUAUCAGCUGCUGAUGAUGGAAGCAGUUUUUCUACUGACAUCAACUUGCCAACAGAACAGAUAUUAUUAUUUGCUCUAGGAAAAUGGCCAGAAGUCUGUGAUAAACCUUUUGAAGUUUCUGUUUCUGUUGAAGAGGAAAUUAAUUUGUUGUUAGGUUCAAUCUCGGAAAACAAUAGGUGUAUUAUUUGGGAGAAACGUGAUGGUAUUGAAUUGUCAACAAGUAAAAGUGGUAAACUAGCUAGACUAGUUGUUGAUACACCACAGUUAACGUAUAACGUACCAGUCAUAGAAGAAAUAUCAGAAAUGGAGCAAACUGAAGAAGAAUUUGACAAUAUACAAGCAGAAAUGGAAAAUACUCCACAGUUGUUAGACACUCCAUCUCCUCUUCCUAAAAAAGGUAAACAAAGAAAACGAAACAGAGAUGGUACAGAAAAAACACCCAACGGUCCCACACCACAGAAAUCUAAAUCUACAACAAGAAUGAGGGCAUUGAAAAAAGAAUUUAAAACACUCAGUAAAACCCCAAAGAAAAGUAAAACCCCUAAAAAGGUUUUAACUGAAAGUGCUAAUGAAGAAAACUCGAGUUCAGGUCAAAGAUUAUCGUAUUGUAAAGAUGUAACAAGUCGAUGUGAAAAUCCCACCAAUAGAUGGGGACAUACUAUGUGUAUGGUUCAUAAUAAUAAAGCUAUUUUGAUUGGUGGACAGGGUGACAAACAACAACUGAGUAGAGAUUCUGUGUGGUCACUUUCACCAGAUACAAGAAAAUGGAAUGAAGAAGAUCUGAAGUCUGAUAAUCAGAAACCAGAAUAUAGAAUGGGUCAUUCUGCUAUCUAUGAUCCAAUGGUUCGAUGUAUUUAUAUCUAUGGUGGUUCGAAAAAUCUGAAAUGGUUUAAAGAUGUUCAUUCGUUAGAUGUUGAUGAAUGGAAAUGGCAGUUAGUUAAGGCAAACGGUAAAGCACCAACGCGAGCAUAUCACAGUGCAACAUUAUAUCGACAUGAAGUGUGGAUAUUUGGUGGUGUUUAUCCACGACCUGAUCCUAAUCCUGACGGCUGUAGUAAUGAUGUACAUAUAUUUAGUCCAGUAAUGGAGAAUUGGUAUGCACCUUUAAUCACAGGAACUAAACCAGCUCCAAGAUCAGGCCAUUCAGCUACAUUAUUAAAAGAUCAGUUGGUCGUAUUUGGUGGCUGGGAUUAUCCAAUUGUAUUUAAUGAUUUACAUAUUCUUGAUAUGACUACUUGUGAUUGGUCAAAACCAGAUGUCAAAGGUAAAUCACCAAAGCCUCGCAGCUGGCAUAGUUCUUGUGCUUUAAGUUGUGGAAAUCGUAUAUUAAUACAUGGUGGAUAUGAUGGUAAUGAUGCCUUAGAUGAUUCCAGUAUUUUUAAUUUGGAUACAUUAACAUGGACCUGUAUAAAAUUAGAAUCAUCUCCGUCUGCCAGAGCAGGUCAUGUAGCACUAUGUUUACCAUAUUCACAUGAAAAUCAACAAGAGGAUGAAAUACUGGUAUUUGGUGGUGGGGAUAAUGAUGGAUCGUUUUUCAAUGAUCUCUAUAGUUUUAACUUACCUUUUAAUCCAAUUACUGAUCAAUAAAUGAUAGUCACCAGUAAUUUAUGUCAUCCAUUAAAAAAAUGUUUGUUUCCUUAGUGACAACCUGUUUUAGGUGCAUGGAUAUUUGGGUUUAUGAGCUCACCAGUCAAGUCUAUUUUUAAGAUUUAAAUGUUUUGGUUGAUUUUGGAUAAUCUGCACAGUUUAAUAUUCAUUAUUUAUUUUUAAUUACAAAGUGACUUGUAUAUAUACAAAACCCUAAAUCUUUGAAACUGGCAUUGAAAAGUUCAAAGACUGUAAGGAGAGAUAUUCGAUGGUGUCUGUUGAAUACAGGAAACAGACAUUUUAUUUAUGGCCCUGUGAAAUUAUAAAAAUUGUUGUACAUUCAUUUAUGGCAUUAUUAUUCUUGUUUGUUAACCAUUGUUUUAGAUAUGAAUCGGGGUCAAUCAUAAUUUUUAACCAUUUAAAUAGUAUCAUGUCUUUUAAAAAAUACAGGUUUUUGUACAUUUUUAGAAAUAUUGUUUCAGCCUUUUACUAAUUAUUUAUAGAAAAUACUGGUAAUUAAACUCUUUUAUAAUA